AUGGAUCCCCAUACUGAUCAAAAUGCAAACUCAUCUUUGAGUGCUAUGAAUUCACUAACUCAUAGACUUACUUAUUUGAUAUCGACUGAACUUUCACAAAAGGAGUCUCCGACAAUAAAACUCAUCGAUCUAAAUAUAUCGACAUUACCAGAGGAAGCUGUUGAGCUAUUGGCAUCUGUAGAGCGAUUAUCUCUUCAAAAGAACCUUUUAACCACAUUGCCUACAAGUUUUAGGACACUAUCGAAGCUGCGUUACCUUGACUUGCAUGGAAACAAAUUCACAACGAUACCGUCUGUAUUGCUACAGUGUCCAAAUUUAGAAAUAGUUGAUUUGUCUUCCAACGAAAUUUCGACUCUUUUGCCAGAUUACUGUCAGCUAUGGUGUAAUAAUGUCAAGGUCUUGUCAUUAAAGAACAACAAGGUUAGAUCGCUGAGAGACUUGUAUCCGAUUGUUUCUCAGUUGAAGGCUUUAACUAUUUUGGAAAUAGACGGAAACGAAAUCCCACAGGAGGAACUUGAUUGUGUGACCGCACACGUUCCUAUGAAUAACUAUCCACCUGAUGAAUACUGGUUGUUAGCGUUACAAAAGUACUUCCAGGAUUUUCCUCAUUUUGGAGGACAUAACGGUACCAAGAUACCCCGUUCUGCUAAAAGAAUGGGGUUUAUAAAUGCGGAAGAAUCACCAUCAGCAGCAGUGCAACCAUCUCCUGCUCAUGAUCUGGAGCUCAUGACCCAUUCCAAGUAUAAUGAUUACUUCAAAAGGCUCUCAGUACUUCCAGAAGAAAUUCCAAAUUCACAGCAGGCAGACGGCUCUUCUGAGGCACGGGUGUCUCACGAGGACUUAGUAGUAGGAUGCCGAAAACUUUUAUUUGCAUUCACAGAGUGUUUGCAGAAUGUUCGAAAGAUUACUUCUUUAUGCGCGGAUAAGUCCGUGGCUGUAAAUAUGGUCUCAUUACUGUACACGGUGCGUUCGCAUAUCGAUAAUUUAGUUGAGGUUUUAGAGCAGGCGGAGGACCCGGCUGAUAGUCUUAUUCAUGACCAGCUGCUUGUAAAUCUUUCUACGGGGAUCAUUUCCGUUUUCAAGCAGGUAAUAGGACUGUUGAGGAAGAACUUCAAUUCCUUUUUCCGUGCUAAUGACAUAUGCUUUUCAAGGAUGUUCUAUAUGACACUAUUAUGCUCCUAUACGGAAAUAUUUAAUGUUUGGAACCUGGUGGUUCCUGAAACAGUUCGGCGCAAGAAACCUACUGUGAAUGCUAGACAAAGGUCAUUUAGUGUCCAGGCUCUUCAUAACUACAAACACUUACCUACCCGGCAGAGGUCAAAUACCCUGCAGCGCGCGACGAAUUUGACUCAGUCCUCAUCAAACAUGCCGACGCAGGCCCCUUUGAUAAGUCAGUUGCCAUUGAACUCACCUCCAAAUUCUAAAAACGCUACACCUUCGAUACCAUCUACUGGUGUUACUUCAUCGUUGGCAGGUACAACUAACAUGGAUUCAAGGUCUGAUUCGUCUCCUCGUGCUCUGAGAACCGAUUCACAAGUGCACUUACAAGCUUCGAAACGAAAUAUCGAGUCACAAGGUAACGAUUCUCCUAAUCAAAGUAACACGGCAUUGGAUAAUAAUAUUGAUGCACAGCUCUACCACACCUUGAGAACGGUUGUGGGUAUGGUUAACGUAGUAUACUCACAAUUAACCCAGGCGAUACAGCUUUCAGCAAUUGCAAGCACAACGGAUGAACAACAUGGCAUUACACCUGCGAUUGCUGCAAAAGUGAAGGAAUUAACAGAGACGUGUUUUCAAUCUAUGGAACUUUCCAAAGGUCUGAAGGCUAGGUUAGCGUUAAUAACUUCUUCAGAUGUGGAACAAUAUAAUACAACUGCCGAAAAGUUAACCACCUGGGAGUGCAUUAAUGCCUUCUUAAAAUCUAUUAUCGCCAUUUUGGCCAAUACCAAGGUCAUAAUGAAGGACCUUCCAAUAUUAAACGAAGUUCGUCCAAACCUUGCGUCGUUGGCAAAAAUUACUAAGGACGUUACCGUAAUACUCGAUAUGAGUUCAUACAAAAUAGUCUCAUCUGCUCAACCUCAACAGCCCCAGACACAAUCUACACAGCCACCCCAGCAGCAUCAAUUUCAACAAUCACAAAAUAAUGAAGAGGUUUCAGACUCUCACAAUUCGUCGAAUCCGUAUACAAUAAUUACACCCCUUUCGACACCUUCAUUAGUUACGAAUCAUACUUCCAACCCGUUUGAUCAACUAUGA